AGUUGGAAACACUGCGCACACACACACACACAUACACGUAACAAUGACGUCGAUAUUUGUGUCAAGACCCGGAUAUUCACAACAACUUGCACAGUUCAGAGUUCAAUCAUCAGGUAGAAGACGCUGUCUGUCAACCGGUGAUGAGCUGGUGCAUCAAUGAACACACGUCGCCGCCAUGCUCCUAGAAGCAGCCAGGAAGGGGUGUGCACUGGGCCAUCUCAGACCCAGUCCCAGCUGGUCCAGCAGCUGGAAACCCCCCUGGCUGUCCCAGCACCCAUUGCCCCUUUCAUAGACAAAAUCAGCAUGUCCUGCCGAGACCGAACCAGUGAGUUUCAGUCUGUGUGCAAGUCCCUGCAGGGAAGACAGUCCGUCAGACCUGUCAACAAUGCAAUCAGACAGCGGAGUGAUUUUACUCUCAUGGCUAAGCGAAUUGGAAGAGACCUCAGCAACACUUUUGCCAAGUUGGAGAAGCUCACAAUUCUUGCCAAAAGAAAGUCCCUUUUCGAUGAUAAAGCUACUGAAAUUGAUGAGCUCACUUACAUUGUGAAAAAGGACAUCAACAGUCUGAAUAAGCAGAUAGCUGGGUUACAGGAACUCAUUCGAUCCAGGAGUGGACAGAAUGGCAGACAUCUUCAGACACAUUCCAACACCAUUGUAGUAUCAUUGCAGUCCAAACUGGCGUCGAUGUCAAGCGACUUCAAAUCAGUACUGGAAGUCAGAACAGAGAACCUGAAGCAGCAGAGAAGCAGACAGGAGCAGUUCUCACAGUCUUCUGCCUCUACCUCCUCUUUCCAUGACAACAGCUUCAUACUUAUGCAGGACGAUUCCAAGAAGAGCGAUAUAUCGAUAGAUAUGGACCUCCACUCCAGCCAGAUGCAGUUAAUCAAUGAACGGGAGUCAUACAUUCAGAACCGUGCAGACACUAUGCAGAAUAUAGAGUCCACCAUUGUGGAGCUUGGUUCAAUAUUUCAGCAACUGGCUCAUAUGGUUAAAGAGCAGGAAGACACAAUACAGAGAAUUGAUGCUAAUGUAGAGGACACUCAGCUGAACGUGGAUCUAGCUCAUGCAGAGAUACUUAAAUAUUUUCAAUCUGUGUCUAACAACCGCUGGCUUCUUAUCAAGAUUUUCCUCAUCCUCAUCAUCUUUUUUAUUGUCUUUGUGGUUUUCAUGACCUGACAGCCUGCGGUCUGCCAUGAUACACUCUUGAGAAGAGGAGAUUUGAGGAAUUGGGGGAUUCUCAGUAUUUGAAGGGUAAAAGGGGCAAUUCUCUCGGUUUCUUCUUUCUUUCUUGAUUCUUCUCUGGUCUACAUUCUUUGUUCUACAUCUGAUGUGGAGUGUUUAGUAUUCACUCACUAAAUAUUGAGUUCUUCUUUAGUAAUCUUUUUUCUUUAGUUUGUUCUCCAAAAUUUGUGAAAUUUGAUAUCUCUUUAAUAAGACGUUUUUCAGUUUUCUCAUUUUAAUUUCAAUAUUGGCAGGACAAUUGUUGCAGUAGAUCUAGAAGAUAUACAAGUUUAAUUUGUAUCUGUUUGUCCAUUUUAAUUUCACAUGUAGAGGAAAUAAGUUUACAAUGAGUUGAUAAAAUGAUUUUCUUCUUCACAAAAUUACUUUAUCAGUGAAAUAACACCAUAGCUUACAGCUGCCAUUUAAUUCUGUUUUGUAUGUUAGAGUACAAAGCACAGCUGCAUUCAAAACAGGGUAUACUUGUCAGGCCUCAUAUCCUUGAGUGCAGCCAACAAACUCUCUAAUUUGUUUUCUUUUCAUUUUGAACUAAGUAUCUUGGGUAAAGAACCUUAUUUUAACAUAUUCUGGAACACUUACCCAAAAUGCAUUAGGUUUUGUGAUCAGCAUUAAUUGUUUUACAUACUUUUUAUGUGACCCUCAAACAUCAAUUGUUAAAUGGCUGAAUAACGCUAAGAACUUAUUAUUCAUUCAAAUACAUUUUCUCUGUUAUGUGAGAAUCCUUUUAGACAAAACUCUAAACUGUGCAGGGGUUUAUAUAUUCAAUUAAAAUCCCUCUUGCAUUCUAACACCAAGCAGUCUUAAAUGACAGCAGUGCUUCCGUACUGAUAUUACUGGGGGAUCAAUAUUUGGAGUAAGUGGCUUUCAUUUUUAAAUCCUAGUCAGAACAGAAUACAAGCCAUUGACUAAACAAUGACCUUGGUCCCUUUUACUGGUCUUAUACAUUUUAUAAGUUAGAAGAAAUAAUGGUUAAUGUUGUUUGAGAAUGUUUAAACCAUGUCUGUAAUUAUUUGCAAUGCAUCAUUAGUAUUUUGUAAUAUGAAAUACUUUAGAACUUUUACAUGAAAGUCGAACAUAACGUGUUCAAACAGGAGUUAAGAUUUUUAUUUCAAACUUUUUACACCAACACACAUCUUAAAUAUUACAACCCCAAUUCCAAAAAAGUUGGGACCAUAUGAAAAAUUCUAAUAAAAACAAAAAGAAGUGAUUUGUAAAUUAAACUC